GGGGCGUGCCCGGCGCUCCCGCUCGGCGGCGGCCGCGAUCCCGCUUGCCCUCCGUCCCGCGGCUCCGGGGCUGGUGCUUGGGCGGCUCUGGGCAGUGAGUAGCAGGACAAGCACAAACGCAAGCAUGCCGGGCAGCGACACGGCGCUCGCCGUGGACAGGACGUACUCGGAYCCGGAGCGGCACCGGCGCCGCAAGAUGAGGGUGGAAAGACAUGACAUGAAUACCCUGAGUUUACCACUUACCAUUCGCCGUGGAGGUUCUGAUACCAACCUGAACUUUGAUGUACCAGAUGGGGUCCUAGAAUUUCACAAAGUCAAACUCAGUGCCGAUAGCUUGAAACAGAAAAUCCUCAAGGUUACAGAGCAAAUCAAGGUUGAACAAACAGCUCGAGAUGGAAACGUGGCUGAGUAUUUGAAACUGGUAAACAGUGCAGACAAGCAACAGGCUGGGCGCAUUAAGCAGGUCUUUGAGAAAAAGAACCAGAAAUCUGCCCACUCCAUUGCCCAGCUGCAAAAGAAGUUGGAACAGUAUCACAAAAAGCUCAAGGAUAUUGAAAAUGGAUCUUCCAAAGCUACCAAGGAUAAUUCCAAAGAUAACCUGAAAGAUGUUCAACAUGGAAAGUCUCGUAUCACUGGGCAUGGAACAGAGAGCAGCAAGUCGGGUCUGCCGGGUGUAUCUUUGACACCACCUGUCUUUGUUUUCAGCAAAUCUAGAGAGUUUGCCAACCUGAUCCGGAACAAAUUUGGUAGUGCAGACAACAUUGCUCAUCUCAAAAAUUCCUUGGAUGAAUUUCGUCCAGAAACAAGUUCUAGAACCUACGGGGGCAGUGCCACCAUUGUUGCCAAAUCAAAAUAUGUUAGUGAUGAUGAAUGCUCAAGUGGGACCUCCGGAUCAGCAGAUAGCAAUGGGAAUACUUCCUUUAGUCCUGCUGUGGCAAGUACCCUGGACAGCCAAGGAAAGCUUUCAAUUAUUUUGGAGGAGCUAAGGGAAAUCAAGGAGACACAGUCCCAAUUAGCUGAUGAUAUUGAGAAUUUAAAAACCCAGUUUAAAAGAGACUAUGGCUUUAUUUCUCAGAUGCUACAAGAGGAAAGAUAUAGAUACGAAAGACUGGAAGACCAGUUAAAUGACCUCACUGAUCUUCAUCAACAUGAGACAGCAAACUUGAAACAAGAGCUAGCCAGCAUAGAGGAGAAAGUGGCAUAUCAGGCCUACGAGCGAUCACGAGAUGUUCAGGAAGCCUUGGAAUCAUGCCAGACCCGGGUUUCCAAACUGGAGCUCCAUCAGCAAGAGCAGCAAGCACAGCAGUCUGAAACAGUUAAUGCCAAAGUGCUCCUGGGGAAGUGUAUAAAUGUUAUCCUGGCCUUCAUGACUGUCAUCUUAGUGUGCGUUUCUACUAUUGCAAAGUUCAUUGCUCCUAUGAUGAAGAGCCGGUUUCAUAUAAUCUGCACUUUUUUUGCAGUGACGCUGCUGGCAAUAUUUUGUAAAAACUGGGAUCAUAUUAUUUGUGCUAUAGAAAGGAUGAUUAUACCAAGAUGAAGCUGUUGGACUGUUGCUUUUUUUUUUUUUUUUU